UUCCUGUCAUCUGUUUCUUUCAUUAAUUUGAGUAGUUAACCCUUCAAAAUGACUUCCCCCAUCGGAACGUCGAGGAGCUGUUACACACAUUGGUUACGAGCACAGGAGUUUACCUUGUUCUCCAGGAUGUGAAGUUGAGACCCAAAGUCAAAAUCGUCUUCAAGAUCUUAGAGGCAUGGAUGCUCUCACGUGUAAAGAAAAUAAAGUGGCCUGUUAAAAAUCUUUGGAGAUUGAAGGGAAAUCAAGAACAAAGAAACAGGACUGGAUAUCUUUGUUCCAGAAUAUCGCGAAGUCAGUGGAAUGUUGAUGAGUCAUGAAGAAUAUCAUGUGAUAGUCAUCACCAACUUGCCUUACUUCAAAACAAUCAAAAACAAAAUGGACAAUAAUGUACAGUUCAUGGUUGUCAAAAGAUACGGUGAUUUUGAAGCACUGCAUAAAACCCUAAGUGAGCGCUUUCCUGCAACAAUCUUCCCCGAUCUGCCACGCAAAGUUUUGCUUGUGAAGGAUAGCACACCUCAGCAGAGGCGACAGUGUUUUGAUAACCUGAUGCGCUUCAUUGCCUCAAACAAGAAAGUCUGUUGUAGUAAUCCUGUGCUGACAUUCCUUGGAGUUAAGCCAGAAAUGAUUCAGAAAGUUGAAGGAGAAGAUGAAGAAAAGGACUCAAAAGAAGAGACCACAGAUGGUAAGGAGUUGCCACAAGGACUACCAAAGAGAAGAAGUAAACUGCUCAGUUCCGGGAGCCAACAAUCCAGCUUAUUUAGUGACGAGCCAGAAGAUGAGUUUGAUUUCUUCCAAGAAGACCCAAAUACCACAGAAACAAAUUCAGAGGAUAUUGAGAAUGGCUUAUUCACUGCAAACUCAUUUACAACGUCCAGCUCUAAGGCCAAGAAAGACACAGGUGUUCUGCUGUUCUCAGACAACAUUGAGGACAUGACGGAUAUGGACAAUGCAGGAGGGAUUUACCUUCCUCUUGGUGCAGAAGAUACCCACAAGAAGACAUCUGAGUUUCUCGGUCUGGAUGACGAAGACGACAAAGACCUCUUGAACAUUGAAGAUGACCUAGAUCAGCUACUCUCAGAUGUCAUCAAGAAGCCUGAGAGACCUGCCAAGAAACCAUCCCCCAAAUCAAAGCCAUCACCCGCCAACAAGUCAUCACUAUCAGCAGGCAAACCUACUCUAGCCCAAAGACCCGUUCCAGCUGCCCGAGCGACAGGCCCAGGGAAGACCCCACCGAAGCCAGCUCCAAGGAGAGGAAAGACGACCUCUACUGGAGGAACACAGGCAGCUGGGACCCAAUCUGAGGGACAGAACGUUGAAACGAUGGACGACGGUGACAUUCUGAAGUACAUUCAGGAGAAUGCAGCAGACGAGGCGGCUAGUUUGGAUCUGUUUUAGAACAGAAACUGACUGGUAACAAAU